GUUUGAAAGGGAGUUGAGUCCUCAAGCCCCUCCCCAUCGAUUGUGCAGAGCGACGGUGUUUUAAUUUCAUUGUUUGAGGCGAGCGACGCCCCGCACAGACCGGCGGAGAUCAAACGCAUCGUACGGCUAGUCCGUUUUUCUCAUGGAAAUCACAACCUACCACCCGGUCGCACGUGGAGUUUUACACAUGCUAAGGAAAUAAACAUCGGCUACGCACUGCGCCGAAACUCAUCAGAAGGGACUAUGUUCCACAGCCCGGUCGUGUUCAGUGGGUAUGCACGUUUCGUCUUCCUUGGAGGCUAGAAAAGUAGUUGGAGAAGCAGAAAGUGGCGGCAGUGGUGGAAGUGCGCCGAAUGUGCUUGCUCCGUGCAGAUUUCGCCAUGCACGGUGUUUGCCCGUAGCGCGAAAGAAGCGGUGCGUUUUGCUGAAAAACCCAGAAUGAGUGACUUAUUUUCCAGCUCCACGUCGGGUUGGUAGACUUCACAUCACAUUGGCUCGUCUGGAUUGUCAUUGAUUUGCAAGAUUUGUGCAGGAACGGAUUCACUUCGCCUCUAGGGCAGUUUUCAAAAAUGCUUCCAUGGAUGGUCCUCAGCGUGUUGCUCUGUGUCUACCAUGCCCAGGCAACAUGCCCAGCCGGCUGCGAGUGUUCCGAGGCAGCCCUGACGGUUAAAUGCGUUUCGAAAGAUCUCCAGGAUAUUCCGAGUGGCAUCCCAGGUUACACCAGGAAUCUGUUCAUCACGGGCAACCAGAUCAGCCGUAUCGGACCCGAAUCCUUUAAAGGACUGGAUAAUGUGACAACUUUAUCGCUUAGCAAUAACAGGAUCUCUGUGAUUGAAUCCCACACGUUCACUGGUCUGCGUAGCCUCCGCUCCCUGGACCUGAGUGGCAAUCAGCUGGCCACCAUUCACCCUGAGGCAUUAUCCGUGCCAAGCCGCGCACUGCGCGACCUCAACCUCAGCCGCUCGCUCUACAACCACACAUCUGUCAAAGACCUGGCCACCUCGCUGCGCUGGAGCACGCUGGGAAACCUCCAGGGGCUGGACCUCAGCGGCAACGGCCUCAUCUACCUGCCCGACUACAUCUUCUCGCACCUGGGCAGCCUGCGUCGCCUGCAGCUGGCCAACAACUCCCUGGUGGCCAUCCAUAACGGAACUUUCCUGGUCCUGGAGCGGCUUGAGGAGCUGGACCUCAGCCUGAACGCCUUCCGCACCUUCCGCGAGGAGGCCCUGCAGGAGCUCGAUCGCCUGCCCUGGGCGAGGCUCCAUCUGGGGCUGAACCCGUACACGUGCACCUGCGGGAUCGAGCCCUUCGCCGCCUGGCUGAACGAGUCGCAGGCGCGCGUGGCAGACUUGGAGCGCCUCGCGUGCGCCUUCCCCGCGGCCCUGCGAAACACCUCCAUCCUGGGGGUGUCCGAGGUGCCGCUGGGGUGUCACCGGGCCGGCGAGGGGUCCGACCUGGCCCUGCAGACAUCGUAUGUGUUCCUGGGCAUCGUACUAGGCUUCGUGGGGCUGAUGUUUCUCUUUGUGCUCUACCUGAACCGUAAGGGCAUCAAGAAGCGCGUCUAUGACAUGCGGGACGCCUGCAGCGAGGUGUGGGAGGGGUAUCAUUACCGCUACGAGAUUGACUCCGACCCGCGGCUCUCUAACAUCUCCUCGAGUGCAGAAGUGUGACGCUCAGAUUUAACAAACACUCUCCGGCUGAGCGUAUGUGGACAUGUGGCCGUUGUUGAUGUUUGUUUGUUUGUUUGUUUGUUUGUUUGUUUUUUUAUUGCAUUUUUACCAUGGUGGAGAUCAGUGAAAAAUAUGUGCCAUAUGUUGUGUAUAUAUAGAUCUAUAUUGUUACUAUGAUCAGUAGGACAUUUUCCACAGGAGCAUGCACUGCCCGAAUGCUUUCAGUGUUACUUAAUACAUGGUUAUGCCCUGAUGAGCCUACAUUCAGACAUGCACGCGCACACACACACACACACACACACACACACACACGAUGCAGAUACACAACUACAGUUUGGCUAACAGAAAUGAACUUAUAGAGUAGUCAAUUUAUUUUCAUUGUCUAAUGGGCCAGAUCUUUGCACUCGCGUUCUGUGAAAUAGCUGUUAAGUGCCUUGUUCCCACGAUGGGUUAGGAGGAAAAGAAGUUGCAGGUGAAGACUAUAGGAUGCCUCCCUCUUCACUGAUAUGCACUAUAUCACAUGAAGAUAAUCGAGUUAGGGGAGUGGGGAUCUGAAGAGGUGGGUAUCACCAGGAUGUUGCCUAUGAAAAACCACUUUCUUUCUUUCUCUUUUUUUUUUCUUCUUUUUUUUUUCUUCUUCAAAGCACAUCUGUUGGCUAUAAGCACCAGGGCAGUCCCUUUGGACUAGUGUCGCCCCAACCCCAGGGAUCCUGGAAGGAAUCUGUGCAGCUUAUUCCUCAUAGCAUUCCAACACCCGGAGAACGUCUCCUAAGAUGUCCGAAGGCCUUGGCACAGAGUUUUUUUUCUUUCUUUCUUUCUUUCUUUCUUUCUUUUUUUCCUCCCAAGACCAUUUUUUGCUAGGGAAGGGAGUGGAAAGGAUAGAAAUGUUCAGUGCAUAACCAGUGAUGGAAAUCACAAGUCCUCUCUCUUCCUCUAUCUCUCUCUAUCUAUCUAUCUAUUUAUCUCUCUCUUCCCCUCCCUCCUUCCUUCUCUUUGCAAAGCUUUUUGCUUUGUUUUUAUUCUCUCCAGUUUUUAUUGUCAGGAUGAUGAGAGCCAGUCCCCCCGGCCGGGGCUGCUGAAACUGAUCCCUUUCUCCUCAAAAGACAACAGACGCUUUUGCAGAGAGGGAGGGAGAGAGAGAAGGAGGGAGGAAGCGAGGGAGGGAAAGAAUGAGAGAGAGAGAACUCUUUGAAGGGGAGCCUGGCCUGGUCUGUCAUAAGCACAGCAGCUUUUUCUGUUUAGGGGUAUGGGGGGGGGGGGACUUUGCAUUGAUAAGAUACAGAUGAUCCCGUCUCACUUAAGGGUUUCCUUCCUGCACAGUGGGGGGAAGCACUCUCUAGCUCAACUCUCUCACUUCAGCUCACUGGCCUACGCAGUGCUGCAAGCCAACAUUUGGACUUUGGUAAUGUGCAUUAAAAUGUACAUGUGCCACAUAAUUUUGUUUUACGAAGUAUGUAAAGUAAACAUAUACAAAAAGUGAUGUUUCGGAAUGGUCCUUUUUUAUGAACUGUGUAAUGAAAUUGCUCUUAUUCGCUGUAUUGUAUAGAACUGCAAAUUCCCUAGGCAGUCGGGUUUUUUUUUCAUUGUGGGCUCUGGAGUACUUAAUAAUCUAUGAAGUGUCACGGCAACUGCGUCCACUUAUCCAAGAUGGAUAACACUUUGUGGCAGGGCAUUUUAAAGCAGAGAAGUUUCCUGAAAAGCCUGUGUAGUCUUCCAGUAAGUAUCUAUUCGAUAAGCAUGUUAUUUUAUUCCUUUUCUCCAGUACAGAUCUUCACAAUCUGAAGAACAUUACUCACUAAGGCAUGGUUACCUUUAAAGUUAUGUUUGUGUCUUGUACACCCUUUAAAAUAAAGCCUGUACUGUAAAUGGCAGUCAAGAGCAUCAAAGUCAAUAUGAUGCUGCUUGUAGAAGAGGGAGAACUACUUUGGAGUUCACAUUGCCUAUGCAAGUUAGCGCUAAGAAAGGGAGUAAAUAGCUGGGGAAGUGAAGGAUGGGAGAUUAAACAGUGUGGCCUCAAAAGGAGAUCAGUCACGUCUCGUCACAAGAUCUGAGGCUGCUGUGGUGUCACACUGACAAUCUCAUGCAUGGUCACGAUUGGUCAAAUCAGGCCAUUGUGUUUGUAUUUGCUUGGUCUGGUCAUUUCCGUAGGCAAUUUUUUCUGCUUGCUGACAAUAAAAAAAAUGUUUUAAAACUA